AGCACGCAUGCGCAGUCUUAUAGUGUUGCUGCCAGUCGUGUACGUCGAAGGAUGUCUGACAACGCAGAAUCUCCUACAGAAAAUCAAAAAGAUGAACCUUCGAUACAACAAACUGUCACUGAACACAUUGGAUUAUCGGAUGAGAAGAAAAAGAUUGAUGUGCUGUUAAAGGCUGUCGGUGAUGCGCCCAUCAUGAAGACCAAAAAAUGGUCCGUGGAGAAAGGGAGGACCGUACAGUCACUCUCUCAAUUCAUCUCUCGCUUUCUCAAACUGGAGCCUAGUGAACAAUUGUUCAUUUAUGUCAAUCAGUCAUUUGCUCCAUCACCAGACCAAGAAGUGGGUGUGCUUUUUGAGUGUUUUGGAAGUGAUGGGAAACUAGUUCUCCAUUACUGCAAGUCCCAGGCCUGGGGAUGAGCGUGCAGGUCUCUUCUGCACCCCCCCC